UUUUUCGUAUUAAAGAACAAAACAACGAGCAGUAAGAAGACAUCAUAGAGAGUUUCCACAGAGUGUACAAGUAUGUGACCUGUGUGCUGGCAGCGUGGAGUCGAGCUGAGCCUCCUCGGAGAAAAGAUUAACUUCAGACAUGAGCAUCAAGCCACAGGACCUCGGGGUGUAAGAGGCAGUCACCAUGGCAACGCAGUUUAGUAUCGAUGAUGCCUUUGUAUUGGAGGGAGAUGAGGAGGGAGCUGUGUCUGAUGGAGAGGCAGAGGGAUGGAAGGGCAGAGACAAGGACAGAGAAGGAGAGAUGACAUUUGGUCCUCUUUCUUUCUCUAAACCUCAGACUCAUCCCUCACCUGCUGCUACUGGCUCCCCUGAACACAGUAACCUAAAGUAUCAGAAUCUGGAAAAUGAAGAUGCCUUGGGCAGCAAUGGAAAUUCCUCUUUCAAUAACUUCUUCAAAAUCAGCGACCCUGCCACUCUGUCUUACUGCAGCUCUCAGUGGUCCUUCAGCACCUUGAGUUCUGUCACACAGCUUUCUGCACACUGCUGUGGGUGGGUGUCCCAUCCGCUGGUGAAGAAAAACAGGAAAGUUGUUCUUGCUUCGUUCCUUCUCCUCAUCACUGGAGUUGCUCUUAUUUUCACAGGUAUUGUCAUACAGCUGAAUCCAAAUGCAGGUGUUUCAAGUGCUAUUUUCUUUGUACCUGGAUUCCUUCUCUUCAUCCCUGGAGUGUACCAUGUGAUCUACAUCAGCUGUGCAGUCCGUGGAAGAAGAGGCUUCAAAUUGUUCUACCUACCUUAUUUUGAAAAAUGACAUUUCAUGAAACACUACACUUCUUUGUUUGCUAUCUGAAAAUGAUUUGUAUUUUGUCACUUGUAACAAAAAUGUAUUGUCACAUGGUUGUUUUUUCUUGUCAUUGUAAUGACCACUACUAAUUCAGCCACUCAGUGCCUCGACUGUGUUUCCACUACAUGAACUGAUAUUGCUGUAUGUGAACACGAAAAAAAGAAGGAGAUUGGUCUUGCCUGUGUUUUCCAUGUCGUGUGAAUAAUGACUGUGAAAUUACAAUAAAACUUUUGUAUAUUUUA